AUUUUUAUUUUUUUUUUAUUUUGUUUCAUUUAAACAAGAGGUAAAACGAACGCUCGUCUAAUCUCUAAUUUAAUGAAAUAAACACCUUUCUUUAAAAAGACAUACACACGCAACUUUCUAUAAUGUCAGUUUAUAACCACCGUGCUAUGGUGCCAACUCCUCAUUCAGCACGCAUCUUGGAACUGCUGGAUUCAAUCAGGGCUGAAUUUGACCAGUUAACCCAAGAGGCAUUCGUUUGUAAAUCUCAACGUGAUGAAUUUGAAAACAAGAUUGCUCAUCAAAUAAAAGAGAUGACAAAAUUUCAGCAAAGUCUACUUGAAAUGGAAAGAACACAGCAAGCAAUCAAAAAACAGUAUGAAGAGGAAAUCGCGAGACUACGUCAACAGCUGGAAUUGUAUAGUAAUAAACGUUCGCAACAGCCCAUGAUUAAGCAUGAACAACCACCACCAAAUAUAGGACCUGCAUCCAACUAUUUUGGCGGUAUAAUGAAUGCAGCCAUCGCUCCAGCAUCUGCAGCUCCUGCUCCUCCUAAUCCUGCACAAAUGAUGCCUACAACAAAUACUAUGGGCCCAUUAGAAGAUCCAGCAUAUAUGUACAAUAAUAAAUCACUAGACAAGCGCCCAACCGCUAAAGAGUUUGUACCUGGCAGCAGUCAACAACAACAACAACAACAUCAGCAGCAGCAGCAACAACAACAACAGCAACAGCAACAACAGCAACAACAACAACAACAACAACAACAACAACAAAUAACCUCUCUGGCUGACCUCGAUCCUAAUUCAGUACCUGAUAAUUUGAAAAUUGAAGGACUAGACUGGUUUGCAUUGUUUAAUCCAAAGGUGAAGAGGGUUUUGAAGACAAAUCUUAUAUAUACACUUGAACAUAGCAGUGUUGUCUGCUGUGUUAAAUUUAGUUUGGACGGAAGACUCUUAGCAGCUGGUUGUAAUCGAGUAACAUAUAUUUACGAUGUUUCAAACGGCCUCAAGAUAUGUACCUUACAGGAUGACGCAAUAACACAAGAGGGUGAUCUCUAUAUUCGCUCUGUCUGUUUCAGCCCGGAUGGCCGCUUCCUUGCUACAGGAGCUGAAGAUAAACAGAUUAGGAUUUGGGAUAUCUCAACAAAACGCAUUCGUAACGUGCUACUUGGCCACGACCAAGACAUUUAUUCACUUGAUUUCAGUCGAGACGGACGCAUCCUCGCUUCUGGGUCUGGAGACAGAACAACGAGAAUAUGGAAUAUGGCAGACGGCAAAUGUUUACAUGUAUUGGCAGUGAAUGACCUAAAUCAGAAAGACCCCGGAGUGACAAGUGUAGCGAUUUCUUAUGAUGGACGAUUGGUAGCCACAGGAAGUUUAGACAAGAUGGUGCGCGUGUGGAAUAUUCAGUCAGGACAAUUGAUGGAGCAGUUGGAAGGACAUCGGGAUAGUGUUUACAGUGUUGCUUUUAUGCCCAAUGAGAAUGAAUUAAUUAGUGGUAGCUUAGACAAAACAAUUAAGUUGUGGAGACUGGGCACAAAUAUGAAUAGAGGAUUUGUUCAUAGUAAUUCAUCGACCGCACGAAAUCCGUGCAAGAUGACAUUUGUUGGGCACAAGGAUUUUGUGCUAUCUAUUGCUUGUACAUACGAUGGCAAAUGGAUCAUAUCUGGGUCCAAGGACAGAAGUAUUCAAUUUUGGGACCCUAAGACGGGCCAACCUCAGUUUAUGCUGCAAGGCCAUAAGAAUUCAGUUAUUUCUGUUGCCGUAGCAACCAAUGGAAGGCCACUGUUUGCUUCUGGUUCUGGUGAUAAUCGUGCUCGUAUUUGGAGUUAUUAAUUUCUUUUUCUUUUCUCUCUUUUCUAAAUAUAUCUUAAAUAAAAAUAUGCCCAGCUUAAAUAAUACCGAGCCCACUACGCCCGCAGCACCUAACGAUAUGACAAUUGCAGAGUGUUAUGAUCGACUUGAAACUUUUCUAAACAAGUAUCCUGAAAUAAAGCAGUUUAAGAUCGAGGACGAUCGUCAUGGUAUGGGCUUAAUCUCAACUUUUCAGUCAAGUCCUGUUCACGCAAUCAACGUUCGUUUGAACCAAAGAGUUAUUCGUAACUUUAUGUUGAAUAAUGGAUUUGAAGCAGAAAAUGAAGAAAUUCUUUCAAGAAAAUAAAGCUUUACAGUGCUCACGGUACCAUUCUCCGUCGAAUGAAUUCUCUGGAGAAUUUUAUGAGACCGUCGGAUAGAGCCAAGGAAGAAUAUAUGCUGUGAUCUUUUUAUUUAAAACAGCGAACAUUUAAAACCAAUAAAAGAAAUACA